AUGUCAAAGCAAAAUAAUUUAACCUCUGAGAAAAUUGAUUCCAUAAAGAAUUACCUUUGUAAUUUUGAUUAUAAAAAUGUAAAUGAAAGUAUUAACGGCUUUGUACAAUUGCUAAAGCAGAUAAAUAUAAAAAUGGUUGUUUUUGAUUUCGAUCUUACCAUUAUUGGUGCACAUUCAGGUGGAUACAUUGAUAAAUUAAAUGAUGUGGAUAAUAUUGGAUUAGCUGUAACAAAAGAUUUUAAAAUAUUUUCUAAAGCUUUACACUCGAAUAACAUCAAAAUUACCGUUGCUACUUUUUCAGAUGAAGAAGUCAUUAGAUAUAGUAAAAGUGGUUCUCCCAAUUUAAUUGCUGGUGAAGAAUUAGUUCAGCAUUGUUUAAAAAAAAGUAAUUGUAAUACAAAAAUAGAAAAAGUCUAUGCCUAUUAUCCAUAUUGUUAUAAAGAUCCCAAAAAAUAUAGAGCUUUAGGAUUAGAUAAACCUAUGACUAAUGAUAAAUCUUAUCAUUUAGAGAAAAUAAGAUUAGAAUUUUUUGUAAAUUUUGAUGAAAUUAUAUUUAUUGAUGAUGAUAUAAAUAAUUGUAUUUCAGCUAAAAAAGAGGGAUAUAUUACUUUUAAUGUUACAGGAAAAGAUGGAUUUAAUUUUAAAAAUAUAAAAAUUUUAUAA